AUGAAACCAAUACUCAGCCCUGCCAGUAGAUGUCACAUAAUUGCAAUGUACAAACAUAAUGAACCCCAAUACCUACAUUUGCUAGAUCAACCUCGACCCACAAGGCAGUGUAGACCUGUGCUCUCACCAACCAUCACUUCAACUUCCUCAUCAGGCAAGCAUAGAUCGGCAGGCAUCAGUAUUCUUCCAACCUUCAAUGCCUCGAAAGGCUGA